CAACUGGAGGAGGAAAUGCCCAAUUUCAAGUGUAACGAUUGUAGCCGUUACACUAUUGCACUUCAAAUUUUAUUUGAAUUCUUUGGUGAGAGUGGGUCCUACAUACUGUUUGUAAAAAAAAGCUUCGAAACUUAGUAAAAGACUGGGAGGAAUUCUUCAGGGUCCUCAACGACAAAGAAGAGAUCAACAAGCUUCGGGAGGAAGAGGAAGAGGAAGAGGAAGGAAUCGACGUAUUAAAUCCAAACCCAGCUCUGGACAAUAGGGAAAUGAUGGCUAUGGUUUCUGGAGGUUUUCAAUCAGAGGGGAAAAUGUUUGAAGUCCAAGAAGUGAAUGUUGAGAUGAUGAAGGACCGGCAGGAAGCGAUUGACUCUUUGAACCAUAAAAUAAAAUGUGCAAAGAAAUUGGGCCAUGAAAAUAAGCAGACACGAGCCAGGGCUAUUGCAUUGCUGAAAUCAUGGCUGGCAGCUCAGGAGAUUGUUAAAGAAGAGGAUAUGAAGAAAAUAUGGAAGGGUCUAUUUUUCUGCUUUUGUCAUGCUAAGAACCAUCGUGUACAGGAAGAUCUGAUAGAAAACUUUGUAUCGCUUCUUGAAAACCUUGAUUUGAACUUAUCUCAACAAUAUUUUACUGUUUUCCUGAUGACCUUAAGACAAGAAUGGCCUGGAAUUAGUGAUCUGCAGUUGGACAAGUUCUAUCACUUGCUUAAGCAAUUGCUCCGUCACAUGUUUAUUGUCCUCAAUAUGAGUUGUUGGGAUCCUGAACUGGUACAAAGCUUCAUGAAGAAUUUGAUAGAACAAACAUUUCUAACUACUGAGAAAUGUCUAUCCCAUGGAGUGAAUUUUUAUAUUGCAGACAUUUAUCUGAAUGAGCUUGAGGAGUUUCUUCCACUUCAUGUAGAUACUUUUGUACUCUUGAUGGAGCCCUUUUAUGCAGUUUUGGUAAAAGCAUCUGAUGAUAGCUUUCUUAGGAGGAUAAAAAUCAGUGUGUUUGACCGCCUUCUAAAAUAUGGUCGAAAUCUAAUUAGUUCGAGGCAGGAAGGCAAGCAUAUCGAUUUCAAGUUGCAGAAUCUCGGUACCAUUGCGGUGACAAUGGGAGCAACAAGCAGACUUUUCAAGCUGGCUACUACAUCUACUUCACAGGCCAACAAAAGGGUUUUGUCUGAGUUGCAUCAAGAGUUCAGUCAGCUGGACCGACUUUUAAUAAGUUCUGAAAUAUCACUUCUUUUUCCAGAGGACAACAAGGCGAAGCUUGACAAGAAGUCAUGCCUAGAUAAGUCGUCAGAUAGCCAGGCUAAGAAUAUUUUUGAUGGAGUUGAUGGAAGUUCUAUGGAGAUACUCAAGGCAAAGGAAGGUCCCAGAUUUCAUAAAAGUCAGUUGCAGUCUAAUGAGCCAAAGGGAAUAACUGAGGAAGCAUUUGUUGAUAAUACAGUGUCUGUUCAGGAAGCUCUGAAAGAAGGUGAAAUUUUAAAUGUUGUAGUUCAUCAGGACUCUCUGCAAUUUGACGAUUCAGUGGUCUCAAAUCUGGAGAAGCAUUUUGAGAAGGUUGCAACAGAAUUUGAAGAUUGUAAUUCCCCUCUUCCUUCUUUAGUAAUCUCUCUCUCUCCUUCAAGCAGCAGAUCCCAAAAGAGGAAGAGAAUGAUGAGUGCGUUCAAGGCAACUGAUGCAAAUGGAAGCCUCUUAGACGAUAAGGAAAAUGAAGGAAUAGAUGCUGCUGUUUUGUGGGAAUCCACUCCUAGAAGUAAGAUAAGUGGUGGUGAGAAAGGUGUAAAGAAGGUUACUUUUGUUUUAAAAAAUAAUCUAGUUUGGAAGCCUUCCACUCCGCUACCCCCUCACAGCUUGAGGGUACCCCCAUCUGCCACACCAAGAGGCAGUGCUUUGAAGAGGGGAGUGCCUCCAGGACCUAUUUCUCUCAUUAAGGAAUCUCCAAGCCCUAAAAAAUUUACACCUAAAAAAAGGUGUACAAUGGCACAAAAUAGUUCAAGGAUGUCACAAAGCAAUUCUCCAAGAACUCAGUCUCUUUGGAGAGCAAGGUGAAAUAUUUAAGACACUUGCAACAAUUGAUUAGUGUUUUUACAUCUGUGGAUGGGAUCACUGUAUUAUUGAGUUUGAUUUUGAAUCGCAUUUUAUAGAUUGGGAAUUGUCGUCUA